AUGGAGCAGCAGAGCAGCGGGCAGUACGACGUCAAUGACGCGACGCUGAAGUUCGUCAAACGGAGAGACGAUAUUACUUUAGAUGAUGACCCAGAUGUUCUGAGAGCAGAGAUGUCCUGUGGUCACGCGGUGUCGCCGCAGUCUCUGACCGCCUGGUGUCGCAGCUUGCUGGAUCAGGGUCAGUAUAAAUUUCAUUGUCCUGCAAUCACUCAUGGGACACAGAAAUGCGGUGCCGAGUGGCCGUACCUGGAGGUGCGCAAGCUGGCUGUGCUCAGUGACGCAGAACAGGUACAUUUCGAGGAGAACAUGGCUCUUCUGGCGGCCGUCGAGUACUGCGAGUUCAAAUCCUGUCCGAGCUGUGAGUCCUACGUGGAGCGAGCAGACUUGAGUAACCUGUGUGUGAAGUGCACCAUCUGUACCGCGGUAAAGCAGAGGACCUACCAGUUUUGCUGGCAGUGUCUGCGCGAGUGGAAAGGGUCGGCCGGUCACUCUCUCCGCUGCAGCUAUGAAGACUGCGUCCAUCCCGACAUCCACAAGCUGGAGCAGUGUCAGAACAUGCGGCUGCCGUAUGUGCACAAUGUGGAGUGUCCUGCGAUCCGCGCAUGUCCCACCUGUGGACUCCUGCUGGAACAUAACGGGUUCGCCUGUAAGAACCUGCUGUGCAAACGCUGUAAGGUUGAGUUCUGCUUCCUCUGCCUGAAGCUGAAGCGCGACUGCAAUCCUGUCAGCGGCCCGUACGAGGUGUGCUCCGUCGUGGCCCGCCAGACAGAGAUCCCAGUGUGGAGGAGAUAAUGUGGAGGAGACAUGAUUGAGUAACAGUGUUGGGGAAAAAAUGUAGAAAGUCCAUUAUUAAAGGGAUAUUUCACCCAAAACCUAGAAUUUACUUGCCCUUUACUUGUUUGAGUUCCUUUAUUGUGUUGAACACUAGAGACGGUUACAGGUUUUCAGCUUUAGUGUUUUCUCUUUAGUGUUCAACAGAAUAAAGAAACUCCGAAGCAGAAACACCUGCCUGUAACUUGAGGAAGAGUAAACAGUGAGUAAAUCUUCAUUUUUGGGUGAACUACCUUUAAAACUAAACAAAAAUAACAGCACAUACAGUCAGAUUAGGAAUGUGAAAGCAUGUGUUGAUAUUUUUAUUAUUAUUAAGAUUAAAAUCGGUCAGAUUGGAAUAUAUAUUACUUUUGGACCCAGCACUGUUGGCUAACAUGGAACAGAUUUAAGUCACUUUGUAAACAUCCGGGGAACUGUAAAUGCUCACAUCCUGAAUUUACUCGAGUGUUUCUUUCCUUUGUGAUGAUGUACUGCUGUUGUCUGUUGUCCUGUUAUGUUAUGUUAUGUUCCAAUGUUCCUGACAUCAAGUUCCACGAUCAAAAUGAUCCACACGUUCUGAUGUUUGCCAAUAACCAAGUUCCCAGGUUAACUGAUGGUCCUGUGCAUGUAAGCAAGGUUACUUUUCCUGAUGUUUUACAGUAUGUGGGAUUGAGCAAACAUGACAGAUUCUGUUUUAAACCAACAAUACUAAAUAAAAACCAAAGUUAAAGCCAGAGAUCGUCCUCAGAACAG